CCGGGGCGCGGGCGGCGACCGUUGGUCGGGGUGGCGGUGUGGCCGCGCUGCCGGGUGAGGACUCGGCUGCGGACCUUCUGCCCGAGGGCUGGCUGCAGGCCGCCGGCCGCUGGCGAGGGCCGGAGGGGGCUGCGGAGACGGCUGGGCCGGGCGGCAGGGGCGGGCGGGCCCGGAGCCGGGGGAGGCGGGGCUGGGCGUCCCUGGGGCUCCCGUCCGAUCGCUGGUUCCUCCGGGAGAUCCACGGGCCACACCUGCCACCUGGGGAGGGGGCGCCCGGCGUGUGGGUCCCUCUGGCCGGUGGUGUGGAUCAAGCUCCAGGAGAUGCGUCUUUCGGGGGUGGUUUGCAACUUCGUAACAAUAUUCUCGUGUUGCUCUGUGCAUUUCCAAUGUGUUACGUAAUAAAGACGUGGUCGCUUUUAGGGGAAAUGUCUGAAAAACUGAGAAGAUGCAGAAAGGAGCUGACUGCGGCCAUUGACCGGGCCUUUGAAGGCAUCAGUCAUUGCCAGGAGUGCUCGGGCCGGCGGAGGUUGGAGCUGGACGCCGCGCCGCUCCCCUUCCCCCUCCCUGGGCCCCGGCUGCUCGGCAGGAGGCACCCGCGGGCAGCCGCCGCCUCCGCGGCUCCUUGCAUUCCAGUCCCGUGUGCUCUGGAGAACGAGAGCCCUGCCUUUGCUCCAAACCAUGCCCCAGGGAAUGCAAAGCCACAUGCCUCAUGCCCGAAAAGAAAACCUCUGACCAGUAAGGAAAACGUAUUGAUGCAUUCCUCCGUUUUGGCAGCCGAAAGACCGUUUUGGAGAGCCGCAGGAGAUGGGGAGAAGUGGAGAAAAGACAGCCUAAGGAAAGAUAUGGAGAAAGAUUUGAAGAUUGACUCAAACAUGCCACUCAGCAAUUCUAGCCAAGAGGUCACAAAGGAUCUGCUUGAUAUGAUCGACCAUACGAGCAUCCGAACUAUUGAAGAGUUGGCUGGGAAACUAGAAUUUGAAAACGAGCUGAACCGCGUGUGUGGUCGCUGCGGAGAUUCGCCCUUCAGGGAGGAAGCCUGGGCCUUGCUCGUGGACGAGAGCCCUCCGAAGGCCCUGGAUAGCGGCUCCAGCGGCCUCAAGCAGGCUUUCGAUGAUCACAGUAUCGUGGAGACUGUGCUGGACUUGGAAGAGGACUACAAUUUGAUGACCUCUUUUGAAUACCAGAUUGAGUAAGGACUGCUGGCCGGAGCUUGGGUUCUUCCCAGCAGGAGGUGCCGUUGAGGCAGUGGUCAGUGCCACUGGGGGCCACUGCCACGUGGCUGGCAGGCUCGGAGUUACCACACCCUCUUUAACUUCUACUUGUGUCCCUUUUUAGGCUGAAAGCCCAAUUUUUUUUUCUAUUACUUUGAAUUGUUUCUUACUGUUGAUUCUUUUCACUUUUCUUGACAUCUCAAAUGUGUUUUUUGACUGAUGUUUAAUACACCCAAGUACCCAAGGCGGGUGCCGGCCAUAGGCCUCUG